UGCCCGUAAUCUCCACCCAUUUCCUGAGGUGUGAAGGAUGUCGGCGAAACGCACGGAGAGCGUUCUGUAGCCCACCGCACCCACCACCACAGCAGCAGCGUCUCUGACUGAUUUCUGCUCACAUCGACUUCUGCUUCAUCUACACAGUCUUUCGGGGAAUCGGCACGUAAGCACGGACCGGUCGAUGGAAAAAGCGAGAAGAUGAUAGUGUGAAGAGGGUGGACAUGGAAACCCGACGCUGAGUUCCUUUAAUUGUGACCAUAAGACACCAUGGCCAAACAGUAUGAUGUGCUGUUUAAACUCCUGCUUCUCGGAGACUCCGGUGUUGGCAAAACCUGUUUAUUAUGCAGAUUCACGGACAAUGAAUUUCAUCCCUCUCACAUUUCCACCAUCGGUGUGGAUUUCGCGGGAUAUGCCCCUGAGAAAGUGCAGAAGAUACUUGUUGGGAACAAGUCUGAUGAAGAACAGAAGAGACAAGUAGCUACAGAACAGGGAAAUAAGCUUGCCGAGGCUUAUGGAAUGGAUUUUUUUGAGACAAGUGCCUUUACCAACCACAACAUUACAGAGUCUUUCACCCGAUUGGCUGAAUUAGUCUUACAAGCCAAUAAGAAGGAUCUUGAUUUGUUGGGAGGAUCCAUGAAUGAUGAGUUCAAUCUGGCUGUUUUGGAGGAGCAGGAAGGAUUGUGUAAUGUUAGCGAUGACACCCGCAAGUCCUGCUGGUGCUGAGGACAGGAAGUGACAUGACUACUUUUUCAGUUGAUUUCCAUAUUUUUGUUGCAUUUACAUUUUG